AUAAAUCCCGAAAUUUUAGCUUAUUUUAGUGUUAAUGUUAACUCAAGUGGUAUUACGUAGUACUUACCUUGUGUAUCGGCAAAUCAUCAACCGGAAUGCCAAUACGCUGUGCAACAUUCAAUUAGGGAAGUCAUUGGUUUACCGUACGACCAAUACGAUAAGAGCAGUGCAUAAUAAUCGAACAGUAAUUAAGCGAAACGUGGUAGCUUUUCCCAACAUGGCAACUGAACUAACGAGCAAAGCACAACUGUCCAAUGCUUCGAUGUCUCUCCCUCAAUCGACUGCAAACGUCCCGUUCGAGCGUAUCAAUACGAUUACAAAAUCCAUUCAGGACAAUCGUGAUUACCGCGGGUUAAGGCUUUCAAAUGGCAUGAAAGUUGUGCUAAUAUCGGACCCCACCACCGACAUUUCAGCUGCCGCUCUUUCCGUCGCUGUGGGCCACCUAAGCGAUCCGUUGGAAAUACCCGGUUUGGCGCAUCUGUGCGAACAUAUGCUGUUUCUCGGCACCGAAAAGUACCCGAAUGAGGAUGAGUACACAACAUUUUUAAAAACGCACGGUGGCAACUCAAACGCUGCCACCUGUUCCGACAUGACAAAGUACUAUUUCGACGUUAUUCCCGGCAAGCUGGAAGAAGCACUGGAUCGGUUUUCGCAAUUCUUUAUCGCACCACUGUUCAACGAGGAAGUAACGGAGCGGGAAAUUAAUGCGGUAAAUUCGGAGCACGAGAAAAACGUAUCACAAGAUGUGUGGCGUAUUAAGCAGGUGACCAAGUCGCUGUGCAAAUCGUCGCACCCGUAUAGUCGGUUCGGAACGGGAAACAAGCAAACGCUUUCCGAAAGUCCGAAACGGAACAACAUCAAUGUGCGUAACGAGUUGAUAAAGUUCUGCAAUACGUGGUACUCGUCGAAUAUCAUGAGUUUGGCUGUGUUUGGGCAAGAGAGCUUAGACGAGCUGGAAGCGAUGGUAAUAAAAAUAUUCUCCCAGAUUGAAAAUAGGCAAAUAGUCGCACCAAGAUGGCCCGAUAUGCCAUACAGAAACGAGGACCUGAGUACGAAGACGUACAUAAUACCGGUGAAAGACAUACGAUCGCUUACGAUAUCCUUUCAGAUGGAAGAUCUCGAACAGUACUACAAGGCUGGCCCCGAACAUUACGUGAGCCAUCUGAUUGGGCACGAGGGCAAAGGAAGCAUUUUGUCCGAGCUGAAGGCUAGAGGUUGGUGCAAUAAGUUAAGCAGCGGUUACUGCAGCUUAGGCCGAGGAUUCGGAAGUUUUGACGUGAUGGUCGAUUUAACGGAAGACGGAUUCAAUCAUAUCGAUGAUACGGCGAAACUCAUCUUCCAGUACAUCCACAUGUUGCGGGUGAAAAAGCCCCAAAAGUGGAUAUUCGAAGAGUACUGUAAUCUGUGUGAAAUGGUGUUUCGCUUCAAAGACAAAGAAUAUCCGAGCACGCUUGUAACGAACGUGGUUAGCUCGAUGCAUCUGUUCCCGUUGGAGGAUGUGCUCGUGGCUCACUGCUUGAUUACGGAAUGGCGACCCGAUCUGGUGGAGGAUCUCAUCAGUAAGCUGACCCCCGAUAAAGCGAGACUGGUUAUUGUGGGACAAAAGUGUGAAUCACUGGCCAAUGCCGAAGAACGUUGGUACGGUACAAAGUACGGCGUGUAUAAAAUCGAACCAUCUGUAUUGGAAUACUGGUCUACGCCCGAUUUGAACGACAAUCUAAGUUUGCCCGAGCCGAAUCCAUUCAUUCCGACCGACUUCGAAUUGUUGCCUGUUGACAGUGGGCUAGAAAAUUUUCCCAUCGUUAUACAGGACACUCCUAUCAUCAGGACGUGGUUUAAACAGGAUGUAGAGUUCCUGAAGCCAAAAGCUUUGAUGAGUUUCGAUUUCAACAGCCCGAUCGUGUACGCCAACCCGUUAAAUUGCAAUCUAACGCGUCUCUUUGUACAGUUACUUAAAGAUCAUCUGAACGAGUUCUUGUUCGAGGCAGAUUUGGCCGGGUUAGGAUUUGGGGUUAGCAACACAACUUCUGGUAUCAGUCUCUCUAUAGGUGGCUACAGCCAUAAGCAAGUUAUACUACUCGAAAAGGUAUUGGAUAGCAUGUUCAACUUUAAAAUUGAUCGGCGCCGAUUUGAAAUUCUAAAGGAGCAAUAUGUUCGGAGUCUCAAAAACUACCAAACAGAACAACCUUAUCAGCAUGCCAUCUACUACCUUGCACUGCUUUUAACAGAACAAGCAUGGACAAGGCAAGAGCUACUGGAUUCCACCCAGUUACUUUCCUUGGAACGAUUGCAAACGUUUAUCGAACAGUUGCUUGCCCAAAUGCACGUCGAAUGUUUCAUUUAUGGAAACGUAAAUAAGGAAAAAGCAUUACAAAUGACACGUUUGGUGGAAGAUAAAAUGAAAUAUACCGAUGCAACGCUUGUACCGCUGCUGGCAAGACAGCUGCUUCCGAAACGUGAAUACAAGAUCGGAAAAGGUGAAAGCUUUCUAUUCGAGGCAACGAACGAGUUCCACAAGAGCUCCUGCAUGGAGCUAUACUUGCAGUGCGGUCCACAAGAGCCUCAUUCGAUAUUUGUCGACAUUUUGUCACAAUUGCUAAGCGAAAAGUGUUACACGCAACUGCGCACCAAAGAACAGCUUGGCUAUGUUGUAUAUUGUAGAUCGCGUAAAGCAAAUGGCAUCUGUGGCCUACGAAUCAUUGUGCAGUCGCUCCGCCAUCCGACUUAUGUGGAAGAACGGAUUGAAAACUUCCUCAACAAUAUGUUGGAGUAUUUAGAAAAUUUAACGGACAGCGAGUUUGAUCGUCACAAGGAAGCACUAGUCGCACUGUUUCUAGAAAAGCCGAAGCGAUUGAUUACACAGUUUAACAUAUUCAUUCAAGAAAUAUCGCUGCGCCAGUAUCACUUCAACCGUGCUCAAGUAGAAGCCGAGAAGCUCCGAACUUUGACCAAGCAACAAGUCAUUGAUUACUAUAAGGAACACAUUAUAUUGGGUGCUCCGUCCAGAAGUACUUUAUCGGUGCACGUAAUUUCCACUGCUGACAGAGAUGCUGGAAUACGCACGCCAGAUGCAGAAGAACCUCCAGCCGAAGCGGAAGUAACAGAUUCUACCGUUGUUUUGAACGUUGCAAAGAAGAACCUGAUCAGGGUACCGGAUCUGGCCAGUUUCAAAUCAUCUCGCUCACUCUAUCCAUUAGCUCAACCUUACAUGGAGGUUUUGCCGAAGGGAGGGCGAUGCAAGCUAUAAAU